UCCUCCCGCUGCUGCCCCGCGCCCGCAGCAACAGCAGCUUAGGCAUGCGCACCGCGCGGCGCCGCGAUGCUGCUCGGUGUGGCGGCGACGCGCUGCGCCCGGCGCGCCGGGCCACCCGCGUCCCUGGCCGCCGCGAUGCACACGUCGGGCGCCUGCGACGCGAUAACCUCCGCGAACAGGCUGAUUGGGUGGUACCUGCGGGCCGGCAGGCUGGACGCCGCGCGGGAGGCGUUCGACGGAAUGCCGCGGCGGGACGUCGUGUCCUGGAACUCCCUCAUGGCCGUGCACGCCCGGUCCGGGGCGCAUGACAAGGUGGCGAGCGCCUUUGCAGAGCUGAGGCGCUGCGGGUUCCGCGUGGACCACACCUCGUUCUCGACCGCGCUGUCGGCCUGCGCGCGGAUGGAGGCUCUGGAGCUGGGGAGGUGCGUUCACGGGCUCGCGAUCAAGGCCGGCUCCUCAGGAAAUGUGUUUGUGGGCGCUUCUCUGGUCACGAUGUACGCCAACUGUGGGGUGUUCGCCUGCCUGGAGCGGGUUCUUGACCAUGUCGAGACCCCAAACGUGGCCUUGUGGAAUGCUCUCAUAUCGGGCCUCGUGAUGAACCAUCGGGUAGAGGAUGCUCGGAGGGUGUUUGAUCAGAUGCUAGUGCGCAACGUUGUGUCCUGGACUGCGAUGAUAAAAGGGUAUGUUAUGGUGCACGAUAUCGGGCUGGCAUUUGAGCUUUUUAACUUGAUGCCUACGAAGAAUUCCGUGUCAUGGUGCGUAAUGAUCGGAGGUUUUGUCAACCAUAAGAGAUACAGGGAGGCAGUUGAGCUGUUCAACACUUUGAUGAGGAAUGGGGAGGAAGUGACAGGUGCAAUUCUUGUUAAGAUUGUGAAUGCUUAUGCUAGCUUGAAAAGCAUUGGAGGAGGCAGGUGCAUUCACAGUUUCGCUGUGAAGUCUGGGUUUGUUCUUGACCAGAUUAUUGAGUCAUCAUUGGUUUUGAUGUACUGUAACUCCUUAGAUAUCGACAAGGCAUGGUUGGAAUUUAAUAAGAUGGAAAGAAAGCAUCUUGGUUCAUGGAAUGCCAUCAUAUCUGGCUAUAUCCAUGCUGACAAGAUACAUGAGGCUAGAAAACGUUUUGAUUCCAUGAUUGACAGAGAUAAGAUCUCAUGGAACUUGAUGAUCAAUGGCUAUAUAAAAGAAGGAAGAAUUGCUGAUGCUACUGAGUUAUACUCAAAGAUGCCUGAAAAGAAUGUAGAAGCAGCUACUGCAUUGAUGUCUUGUUUUAUAGACAAUGGAAUGCUUGAUAAGGCACGGGAUGUGUUCUACAAUAUGCCUCAAGUAGAUGUAAUGUCCUGCACAACUUUGCUCUUUGGAUACGUGAAAGGAGGGUAUUUGGAUGCUGCAGUGGACCUUUUUCAUAGGAUGCAUAAAAGGACAGUUGUCACCUAUAAUGUGAUGAUAGCUGGUUUGUUUCAUCAAGGUAAGGUUACUGAAGCUUACAAGCUCUUUAAUGAAUCUCCAACACGUGAUUUAGUAACUUGGAGCUGUUUAAUUACCGGUCUUGCUCAAAAUGGUUUAAACAAUGAUGCACUUAAGCUGUACAAGGAGAUGCUACUGUCAAAUAUACGCCCAAGUGACUCGAUUCUUUCUAGCCUCAUCGGGUGUUUUUCACAUCAUUCAAUGAUGGUUCAUGGUCAGCAGUUUCACGCUACAACUAUCCGGCUUGGACUUGAGUCACAUUUGCUAAUUCGAAAUUCACUUAUUAGUAUAUAUUGCAAAUGUGGUGAAAUGAUUAUUGCCCAAGCCAUUUUUGAUCGGAUGGCUAGCAGAGAUGUAGUGACAUGGAAUACAAUGAUUCAUGGAUACGCGCUCAAUAGUCUUGGUCAAAAUGCUAUUGAAACAUUUGAGAAUAUGAAAAAGGCUCAAGUCAAUCCCGAUGACAUCACAUUUCUCGGCGUACUUGCUGCAUGUAAUCACAUGAGCCUUUUGGAGGAAGGCAAACAUUUUUUCAAUGUGAUGACAUGUAAUUAUGGAUUUUUACCGAAUAUUAUGCAUUAUGCUUGCAUGGUUGAUCUAUUCUGCAGGAGAGGCAUGCUUGAGCAGGCUGAAGAGUUAGUGAAGUCAAUGCCAUUUGAACCAGAUUCGGCAAUCUGGACUUCUCUCUUAAGUAAUUGCAGAUUGAAUGGCAAUGAUAGGUUAGCACAGCAUGCAGCGAGCCAAUUGAUUUCCAUCAAUCCUUCUACAAAAAUGCCUUAUCUGCAUCUCAUCAGUGUAAAUGGAUCAAUCAAUAGAUGGAGUGUGAUCGACAAUUUGAGAAGUCAAAUUAGAAAUGCUGCCACGGAGAAAGAAGUUGGUUCUAGCUGGAUUUAACAUCCCAUCAUGACUAACUGAUGUUUACGACAUACCAACAGCAUGUGAGUGUGCUACCAAACUACUAGGCUGCCUUCUGGCUAGUUCAGCUGAGAUUUACAGCAGUUUUCGUGGUGCAGCCAUUGACCCCUCAAGCAGAACAAAUUCACCAAACAGUGCCAUAAAGGAUGUGUAAAAUGCGGAGUGUUCAUACUCAUGAUCGGCCUGUGAUGAACAAGCAUGAAAGACAUCGUUUGCUAAAAUUGGCUAUAUUACAAGUUGAGAGUUUUCUCUCACAGGUCACAGCAGUAAUGGCAUAUCCCAAACUGGUGGCAUUGUGAGGCUUGUCCUGCUUGUUCCAUUGCUGCACACUCUGUGAAGAAACUUCUGAAUUCUGAGCAUCUGCUGUCACUGUUUGCAAGUAAAUUACUGUGCAGUCAACUUUUUGGCUCCUGAUGGAUAUCAGUAAGCAUCCGGCUGGAUUAUGUGAAAAAAGCAUGGACAACACCAUUUAUUGUUGAGCGAGAGCAUUUUCAACAGGAAUUGCCGUUUUGUUCUCCAGCAUUGUUUAGAGCUCAAUUGGAACAAGUAGGGGCUUGCAUGCUUAUAUAUUUUGUUUGUCUUCAAUUAAAUAGUGAUGAACUUCGCCCAAGGCAGGAACUUUUCUAUCAGGUUGUAGAGUUCGAUCAGCUGGGAUAGUGUUCAGCAAAAAGGGUGGACGGAUUACUUACAGCAGAAGAAAACAAAUUCAGUUUUUGGCUUAGCAAAAGGUGUGCAUGAGGUCAUCUGCGAAAAGUGGAGUGUACUAAUGCGGCCGAGAUCUGUCAGUGCAAUCUUUCUUAGAAUUGUAUUCAGUCGUCGCAUUUUACCCGUUGAAUUAUAGUUGUUUUGACGAAUAUUAUAAAAAACUAUAACUUUUAAUACUUAUUUUAAAAAUCUAAAAUUAUUUUAACAUAUAUUAUAAAAAAUUACAACUUUCUCAUCAUAAAUUCACCUAUCAUACUCUGGUAAUAUAUAAGUUCACAGUUAAUCCUCCUAUUAUAUAUUAUAGAAGAUAACAGAUGUAUUUACGAUGAGAAAGUUAUAGUUUUUUACAAUAUAAGUUAAAAUAAUUAUAGAUUUUUAAAAUGAAUAUCAAAAGUUAUAGUUUUCUAUAAUAUAUGUCAAAAUAGUUAUAAGUUUUUAAAAUUUACUGACAUAAAAACUCUACGCUUCAUCUCUCCAAUUAUAAUUUUAGCAAAUUUGAUUUGUGUCAGUAUGCUGCUGUACAUGAUGUAGCCCAAAAAAUGAACCAUACAAAUUUUAAGUUCUGUUCAUUAUGCAAUUUUGAGCCAGCAAG